GGAACAGACCAAACACCGUGAACCUCUCCCCCCACGGUCUCUCCUCCUCCUCUCGCUCUCCCUCCUGCCCCUCCCGCGGCGCGGCCGAAUGCCGCGAGCUGGGCGGAGCUGACCCCGCCGCCGGCGACCCCGCUCGGCCGCCGCCGCAGCGGCGUGGGUGAGUCUCUCCCCUACCAUAUGUGUAUCUUCGAGGCCGGAUACGGCGGUUUCUCCGGCAGUUUCGAGCCCGGCUCGGCCUCCCCGGCGAGGCGCGGCUCGAUCUGCGCGGGCUCUCGCCCAAUCGGCUCCGCCCGAGCUUGCUCGAGGAGUUGACCGCGGGCUCUGCCGCCGGCGCGCCGGCCGCCGCGGGUUUCGCGGGCGCCUGCGCGCUCCCCGUGCUGGGAGUUUUGAAUUCCGAGUCGGUGUCCGGGGUCCCGAGCCCGCGGGGCUUCUCGGUUUUUUGUUUGGAAAAAGAUUUUUGUUGCUGAGUAUAAAGCCGCGAUUUUGGGGGCUCCAACCUCCGAGAGCUAAAGCUUUUGCGUUUUUUUUGUUCUUGCUUGCCUUUCUCGCUUUCCUCGCCGCAGAUUCGGCUGCAGAGCGCGGAAUGCCCGUGGAGGGAAGGCACUGAGGCCGCCAGAUUCGGGAGCACGGGAGCCUCGCUUCAGGGCCCGGGGAUUCGCUUCACCGGGGCGGCGGAGGGUUGGGGGCGGAAGCUUCUCCGGAUUCCAGCGUGUGGGACCUCAGCGCGAUGGCCGCCGCCGGCUGGGUCGGCGGCGGCGACGCCAAGUACAACUCGUACAAGGCUCCGGGCUUGCGCGGGGCCUUGCUGGAGGCGGCGCACGUCUCGUGCCUCGAGGACCGCUACGCGCUGGGGCCGCAGCUCGGGUGGGGCCAGUUCGGCGUCAUCCGUUCCUGCUCCGACCUGGUCACCGGCGAGGCGCUCGCCUGCAAGUCCAUCGCCAAGGACCGCCUCGUGUCCCCCGACGACGUGAGGGGCGUCAAGCUCGAGAUCGAGGUCAUGGCGCGCCUCUCGGGCCACCCCAACGUCGUUGACCUCAAGGCCGUGUACGAGGACGAGGACUCCGUGCACCUCGUCAUGGAGCUCUGCGCCGGCGGAGAGCUCUUCCACCGCCUCGAGGAGCGUGGCUGCUUCUCGGAGCACGAGGCCGCCGUGCUCUUCCGGUACCUCAUGGAGGUCGUGGCCCAUUGCCACAGCAAGGGGAUCGUCCACCGGGACUUGAAGCCGGAGAACAUCCUCCUGGUCAGCAAGUCGCUGUCGUCGCCGAUCAAACUCGCGGACUUUGGCCUCGCCACCUACAUCCAGCCUGGUCGAAGCUUGAGCGGCAUGGUAGGAAGCCCGUUUUACAUUGCGCCGGAGGUGCUUUCCGGUGGAUACAAUGAAGCUGCCGAUGUAUGGAGCGCCGGGGUUAUACUUUACAUCCUCCUGAGUGGCUUCCCGCCGUUUUGGGGGAAAACAAAGUCGAAGAUCUUCGAGUGUAUAAGGUCCACAGAGCUGCGGUUCCCUUCUGAUCCCUGGGAUAGGGUUUCUGAUUCAGCAAAGGAGCUGGUGACUGGGAUGCUGCGGCGCGAUCCUAGACAACGACUAACCGCCAAGCAGGUUCUAGAUCAUUCGUGGAUGCAAGAACACGCGGAGCAAUCACAAGAUUCCUGCAGCCACUGCCACGAGAUCGGCCUCCGGAGGGAGGACCUCGGCUCGUGCUCCUUCUCCACGCCGCUGGCGUCGCGGAGCAGGGACGUGAGCUUCAACACCGGCGGCCCUGUCUCCUGCCAGGGCAUGGCGGGGGAGGAUGAAGCGUGCUCGCCCACCUUCGCCUGCAGGUCGUCCUUCUCGGCGUUCGUCGCUGACAUGGCCCCGUCUUGCUCGACCUCAGGAUUCUCGUUCGGUGAGGCCUGCGAGCCCAGCGGCGGGGCGUUCCUGCCACCACCGGUGGCAUCCAUGCCGAGCUUCUCGUUCUUCUGCGCGCAAGAAUGCGACGAGCCUGAGCCGUCGGGGUCUUCGGGCCAGAAUGCUCCCGCCGAGGCGACAGUGGCUGCUGCUCCUUUCUCGUCCCUGAGGACGGUGGAGGCCACGACCACAAGGACGGCGAGGGGGAGCACGUCGCGGGGUGGCGUCGGCAUCAACAGCAGGCGGAACCACACGAUCGGUGCCGGCGAGCGGGAGCACCUGGACGUGGCGGUGGCCGAGUCCGUGAUACGGUGGGCGUCGUGCACGAACCUGUCGACGACGCACUCGCUCCGGGCCUCGCUCGUGUGCUAGCAUACGUGAUAGUGUUCUUUCGGCAGCCGUCUUUGCCUGUAACUGUAACGGGGAUGAGGUGAGGUGUGAGUGGUUGAGAUGAGAGUGACAGUCAGAGGUAGAGCAUGUAACCUGGACCUGAUAUAUAUAAUGUUAUUAUACUAGUAGUAGAUUACCGAGUGAUAA